UGACUCUGAUCCCGAAAAUAAAGUACAAUCUGAGGAACCAGGUCCCGCGGCGUACUUAGCCCAGAUGGAUGAACAAGAAGAAGCUGAUGAUAAUGACGAUGUGUUCGUAGAAGCGAUGGAAGAAUUGCUAGCAGAGAAGGAUGAUGUAAUGGUAAGAGAAGAAUUACUGAUGACGAGUAAUGAAGAAGUGGUAGUAGAAAAGGAAGUUAGCGCAAUGAUGAUGGGUGAAGAAUUGACCAAAAGUCAAGUACAACAAGGAAAAGACAUACUGACGAAAGAACGUGAUGCGUUUGUGCAAAGC